AUGAAUACCGCACCCCCGCAGCCUCUGCAGCAAAGCUCCUCCCUUUCCAUCCACGACCGAUUGGAAAAUAUCGACAAUGAAAUCACCCUCAUCGCCAGAAAAGUCAAGACGACGACGAGUGGAAAGUUGAAAGGGAUGAAGCAAAAGUUUGAGGCGCGGCAAAGUGUGCUGAAGACGGAAAUUGAGUGUACAAAGACGAUAGCGAAAGAAAACGAGAAUAAAGCGACUCAUCUUGACACAGAACUCCGUCGACUAAGGACCGAAGGCUCGGAGUUGCAAAGAAAACUCGACGAAUUGAAAGCUCAAAAUAACGAAGCAAUAAGACUUGAGCAAGAAAUCAUUUCCCAGGGAAAACAAAACGACGAAAUAAUUGGAGAAAUGGCAGAUCUCAAGCAGGCAAUUUUGAGCCUAAGUCGGACAGUUCGCGAAAAAGCACAAGAACUGAACGAAAGCAACACAUUACGCGAAUCAAUGCUGGACGAAAACGCAACGCUCAAACGAGAACGAUUCGAACUCGAUGUCAAUUUGAAAAGCCGAGAACGCAAUUUACUUGAAGCAACGCGCGAAAUAGCAGAACUAGAAAGAAUGCUGCAAACUUCGAACUCCUCUGUUACAAAUUCGUUAUCUGCAAUGUCGACUGAGCUCUAA